AUGGAGUACCCGGCGGCGGCCGCCGGAUCGGGGGGCCACAAGUACUACUACCCGCCGCAGCACUCGCAGCCGCAGGCGCUUCGCCGCCCGCCGCGCCCCGCCGCUCGAUGGGUCAAGCAAUGGAUCCCGCAGGAUCUCGCGUCCUCUGGCGGCAAGUGCUCGCUCUUCAAGUGGGUCAGAGAGGAUGGGUACCAAAACUCCAAGGAGAACCCCAGAGUGCUAGAUGUGGAAGCCCCCAAGCCUGAACCUACCACAGAGAUCCUCUUCCUCUGCAGCUACGACAACUGCGGGAAGACCUUUGUUGAUGUCAGCGCGCUCCGCAAGCAUGCUCAUGUGCACAACGAGAAGCAGUAUAUCUGCACCGAGCCCAACUGUGGGAAGAAAUUUGUUGAUAGCUCCAAGUUGAAGAGACAUUAUCUUACCCAUACAGGACAAAAGGAUUUUGUCUGUCCACAUCCAGGCUGUGGUAAGGCCUUCUCAUUGGAUUUUAACUUACGGUCACACCUGAAAACACAUGCAUUGGAGAAUUAUCACAUAUGCCCUUUCCCUGCAUGUGGCAAAAGAUUUACAAGUGACUUCAAACUAGCAGCACAUGUCAAGUCACAUGAAAAGAUUGGAACUCCUAUUGCAGUGCAACAUGCGCCAGCGCCAGCAGCAGAAAAACCGCGUGUCGCCCAGAAGCCUUCGACUCCAGCAACCACAAGCUAUGCUGAUCGCCCAUAUGUCUGCCCCUAUGAAGGUUGUGACAAAGCAUACAUUCACAGUUACAAAUUGAACCUUCAUCUAAAAACUCAGCACCCUGAACAUGGUCAAGAGGAAAAUGGUAAGGUCGGUGCUUCUGCUGGUCAGCAUGCUGCGAAUGAACAGACGUACCAAUAUAACUAUGCUGAGGUUGGUGAGAUUGCACCAAACCCCAAAAGGAGCAAGCAUAAGGUCCACUCAUCCAAAGCCUACAAUGCCAAGAUCUCGAGAGCGAUGCGUCCUGACAUCGGUGGUGUCAGGAACCAGUGGCCAGGUAAAGCUACGUACCCAGAUGAUAGUGAAGAGACCGAAGAAGACGGAGGCAACAACAUUGAAGAUGGCUGGAGAUAUGGCAACAAUGAUGAUGACGAGGAAACACCAGAUGAAGAUUGA